AUGGCCGGGAUUUUUGGAAAAAUCUUCGUGGGCAUUUAUGUGGAGAUAAAGCGGAGCGACGGACGAAUACACCAGGCCAUGGUCACAUCACUGCAUGAGGACAAUGAGAGUGUGACAGUAGAGUGGAUCGAGAAUGGGGACACCAAAGGCAAAGAGAUCGAUCUUGAAAGCAUAUUUGCUUUGAAUCCAGAUGUUGCUCCUGAUGAUGAAAUACCACAGAGCCCAGAGACUUCACUUCCUCCUUCCUCUAUUCCUAAAGUCAGCAAGGUCCCCAAGACAAGACGAGUUACAGCAAUACCUAAAGCUGAAAACAUGCCUCGGGAGAACAGAGCUGCGGCUGUGGGAACAACCCGGGCCCGACCAAGUCAACACAGCCAAGUUUCAGAGCCUCCACCACCAGCGAUAGCGCCACAAUCCGCCUUCAAUCAAACACUAAUACAGCAGCAAAAUGCUCGGAGGAAAUCAAAUUGUGUAAAAGAGGUUGAAAAACUUCAAGAAAAGCGUGAGAAGAGACGACUUCAGCAACAGGAACUCAGAGAAAAGAGGGCCCAAGAAGUAGAUGUCAAUUUACCCAACUAUGAAAUUAUGUGCAUGAUCAGAGACUUCAGAGCCAGUCUGGACUACAGGCCCCUAACCUCCAAUGAUCUAGUAAGAGCACAGAAUAUGUGUGUGUGUGUGCGCGCUCGACCAUUGAAUAAAAAAGAGCUAUCAAUGAAGGACUUAGAUGUCAUCACUAUCCCAAGUAAAGAUGUUGUUAUGGUUCAUGAACCGAAGCAAAAAGUUGACCUGACACGCUACUUGGAGAAUCAAACAUUUCGCUUUGACUACGCUUUUGAUGAGAACUCCACAAAUGAAAUGGUUUACAGAUUUACAGCCCAGCCUUUGGUUGAGACCAUUUUUGAAAGAGGAAUGGCAACUUGCUUUGCUUACGGACAAACUGGAAGUGGAAAAACACAUACCAUGGGAGGAGACUUUUCAGGGAAGAACCAGGACUGCUCUAAAGGAAUCUACGCUCUGUCAGCCAGAGAUGUCUUUCUCAUGUUGAAAAAGCCAAACUACAAAAAGUUAGAUCUCCAGGUCUUUGCCACUUUUUUUGAAAUCUACAGUGGCAAGGUGUUUGACUUGCUGAAUCAUAAGGCCAAGCUGCGGGUAUUGGAAGAUGGGAAGCAGCAAGUCCAGGUGGUGGGCCUACAGGAGAGAGAGGUCAAAUGCACAGAAGAUGUCCUUAAACUAAUCGAAGUCGGAAACAGCUGCAGGACUUCUGGGCAGACAUCAGCAAACGCCCAUUCCUCCAGGAGCCAUGCCGUUUUCCAGAUCAUUUUGCGCAGACGAGGAAAGAUGCACGGAAAGUUUUCUCUUAUCGAUCUGGCUGGAAACGAGAGGGGAGCUGACACAUCCAGUGCAGACCGCCAGACUCGUCUCGAAGGAGCUGAGAUCAACAAGAGUCUGUUGGCUCUGAAGGAAUGUAUUCGGGCUCUAGGACGAAACAAACCCCACACUCCAUUUAGAGCAAGCAAAUUGACUCAAGUACUGAGAGAUUCCUUCAUUGGAGAAAACUCUAGAACUUGCAUGAUUGCUACAAUCUCCCCUGGAAUGGCAUCUUGUGAAAACACUUUAAACACUUUGAGAUAUGCCAACAGGGUCAAAGAGUUUGGCAUAAGCCCUUCAGAUAUCCCUUUCACACAGAGCGGGGGAGGAGGGCGAUCUGAGUUGUCACCUACUUAUGAGGUCCAGGAUCUAACAGUGGAUCCUCUGGCAGCGAUGGACUGUCAUCAGGCUGGACACAUUAACCAGCUGGAGGUGCUUGAGGCCCAGUGGGGAGUUGGCAGCUCCCCACAGAGAGAUGAUCUGAAGUUGCUCUGUGAACAGAAUCUGCGGCUGUGGGAACAACCCGGGCCCGACCAAGUCAACACAGCCAAGUUUCAGAGCCUCCACCACCAGCGAUAG